GAUAACCCCGUUGUCAUUUCAUUUGGACGCUAUAAUUAUUUGUAACUAACACAAUAAUAUUAAUUUUGUUUAUAUAUUUUUAGUAUAAUUGACUGAAAUUUAUCCUUUUUAAUCAAUACGUUAUUGGUCCAUUAUAUAAUAUAAUUUUAAGCAAAACUUUAAAAAAAUUUCUAUGAAAACCAACAAGAAAUACAUUUUUUGACUAAUUUUCUAUUAAAAAUCAUAAAUUAUGAGUUCAGAGAAGUUUGACAUGAGUAAAAGUCUUUGGGAUCAAAAUACUUUUACAGGCCGUUGGAAUUAUUAUUUUUGGGUGACAAAUCCAUUGUUAUGUUUGAAAACAGAUGAAGAAUUAGAAGAAGCAAAAUUAUUACGUUUAUCUUUCAUAAAUGGUACUCAUCCACCAGGAACUACUAGAGAACAAUUAUUAACUGCUAAACAAAUUUAUGAAAGUUCCUUUCAUCCAGAUACGGCUCAAAAACAAAAUGUAUUUGGUCGAAUGUGUUUUCAAGUCCCUGGUGGUAUGGCAAUUACUGGAGCUAUGUUGUCAUUUUAUAAAACAGUACCAGCAGUAGUGUUUUGGCAAUGGAUAAAUCAGUCAUUUAACGCUUUAGUAAAUUAUACAAAUCGCAACGCGAAUUCACCUCUUAGUCAAAAUCAAAUGGGUGUUGCUUAUGUAUCAGCAACAGUAGCUGCUUGUUUUACAUCAAUUCGAUUUAAACAAUACCUAACUAAAAAUACUACACCUUUUUUCCAAAGAUAUGUUCCAUUUGCUGCAGUUGCUGCUGCAAAUUGUGUUAACAUACCAUUAAUGCGUCAGAAUGAGUUAUUAGAAGGAGUGGAUGUUUUUGAUGCUGAAAAAAAUAGAGUGGGAUGUUCUAAAUUAGCUGCUGCUAAAGGAAUUUCACAAGUUAUUCUUUCUAGAAUUGUAAUGUGUGCACCUGGAAUGGUAUUGCUUCCUGUAAUUAUGGAAAAGCUUGAAAAAGAAAGUGUAUGGUUUAAAAAAAAUACAUGGUUGCAUGCACCUUUUCAGACACUUGCCGUUGGAUGUUUUUUAAUUGGUAUGGUACCAACAGCUUGUGCUCUCUUUCCUCAAUUCAGUCCCAUAAAACUAAGUACAUUGGAAAAGUAUGAACAUGCUGCUUAUUGUGACAUAAUUAACAACUGUAAAAAUCCUCCUGCUAUAGUGUACUCAAACAAAGGUCUUUGAGAAAAUUAAAUAUGUAAGAAACAUUUUCAAGAA